AUGGGGAAGCCCCCUAUAAAGACCGAUGACUUCCGAACGGCUAUAUGGCCGAUAAUUUUUAUUGGACAAUUUUUUACACUAUUUCCGGUUUCGGGACUCUUUUCCGGGGACGUAAAACGGCUACAGUUCCGAUGGGUGAGCUUGAGGACUUUUUAUUCGUACACCUUUCUGUUUUUGGGUGCUCUAGCCAUUUUGGCCCAAAUUCAUCACAUCAUUCGAACAUCGGUGUCGGCUGGAGCGAUAAUCGAAGAUGCAAUGCACAUGGUGGCUGUCGUUCGGAGUAACGAGAAGUUUCAAUUUGCAUGUACAAAUGAGACCAACUUUUGGAAGUUGUUCUACAAUCGGGAACACGUUAAAGUUUUUGCCUACAUGAACUACCAUAUAAUGAUGGUUUUGGUGAUUGAAUUUGCCCACAAGGUGUACCUUUUUAUGUGGACUUUUAUGGAUCUGUUCAUAACCCUGGUCAGUCUAAGUUUGUCAAUAAGAUUUGAACAAUUAUACUUCCGGAUCGCUCCGCAUAAGGGAAAGCUGCUCCCGGAUGCUUAUUGGGUAGAGAUUCGUCAUCAUUACAUCAAAAUUUCAAAGUUGGUUGAGUUUAUGGACAGAGAACUGUCACCGAUGGUCAUUGUCACUUGUGGAUCGGACAUUUACUUUAUUGCCUAUCAACUUUACAUGUCUGUUCAAAUGGACGCAUCAGUUUUUAGCACCGUGUACUUUCGAUUUUCCCUCCUGUUUCUGAUACUUCGAGCACUGCUCAUGUUGGUGACAUCAUCGCACGUCUAUGUGGCAUCUCGUAAACCGCUGGAAAUCCUGAGAUCGGUUCCGAUGUGCUCCUGGAACAACAAUGUUCGUCGAUUUACCAAUGAAAUAUUGAACAUCGAUAGUGCCCUUUCCGGGCAUAAGUUUUUCUUCCUUAAACGGGGUCUUAUCUUGGCGAUGACUGGAACACUGAUUACAUACGAGUUGGUAAUGAUGAGUGAAGUCAAACCAAGGAAUACCGGAAACUUUUGUGAACAGCCCAAUCGACUGUUUUAA